AGCGGAAAAACGGCAAAAGCACUUGAUGCUUCCAUCAAAGCCAAACAGUGGGACAAAGCAGCGCAAAUUGUUGAUGGACUCGAGGACAGCAGCCUGGCAAAGCAGUAUUAUGGAAAAAUUGCUGACCAUUACGCAACUGUCGGCGAUCUAGAAGUGAGCUCUGCUUUGCCAGAAGUCCGGACAAAAUUGGUUAUUUGUGUGCGAAUUUUGCUGUAA